AUGCAUAUAAAAAAUAUUGGUGAAGAGUCUAUCCAUACGAUAUGUAGUAGUCAAGUAAUAUUUACAUUAAGUAGUGUUGUAAAAGAGUUAGUUGAAAAUUCUAUUGAUGCAAAUGCAAAUGAAAUAAAAAUAAAAUUAGUUGAAAAUGGAAUAAAAUUAAUAGAAGUAAAUGAUAAUGGAAAAGGAAUAAAAAAAAUGAAUUUUGAAAAUGUCUGUGCUAGACAUGCUACAUCUAAAAUAAGUGAAUUUAAUGAUAUUCAAAACUCUUUAAAUACUUUAGGUUUUAGAGGUGAAGCGUUAAAUUCCUUAUGCAUGUUAAGUGAUCUAAAUAUUACUACUAAAAAUGAUGAAAGUGAGCAUGGUUAUUUGUUAAAAUUUGAUAAACUUGGAAGAUUGGUUCAUGAAGAGCCAAUUGCAAGAUUAAGAGGAACAACUGUUAGUUGUGAAAACAUUUUUAAAAAUAUACCUAUAAGAAAAAAGGAUUUUAUAAAAAAUAUAAAAACACAGUUAUCUCAAUUAUUACUUUUAAUGCAACAGUAUGCUAUUAUAUAUCAUCGUAUAAAAUUUUCUAUUACUAAUAUUGUUUCAUCUAAAGGAAUGACGAAAAAUAUAAAUUUAUUAAUGACGAAUCAAAGUGAUAACAUAAUAAAAAGUUUCUAUUCAAUUUUUGGGAGAAAAAAUAUUGGAAAUUUAAUUGAAUUUAAUAUUGAUUCUGACUGUUGGAAAAUAAAUGGAUUCAUAAGUGAUAAUAAUUGUGGAAGACGUGAUAAAGAUUUACAAUUUUAUUAUAUGAACAGUAGACCUAUACAUAUAUUAAAAAAUGUUAAUAAAAUUAUUAAUACUAUUUAUAGAGAAUUUAAUAGUAGAUUAUAUCCAAUCAUUGUAAUUAAUAUUUUGUCAGAUACUAAAAACAUAGAUAUCAAUGUAACUCCAGAUAAAAGAGAAGUUUUUUUUAUAUUUGAAAAUGAAAUGUGUGAACAAAUUAAAAGUUAUCUUGUGAAAUUACUAACACCUAAAACAAAUAAUCUAAUUGACACACAAAUUGGUGAUUACUUUUUGAAAGCUAACAAUAUAUUAUCAAAAAGUAAUAAUCUCAAAAUGGAAAAUGAUUAUGAAAAAGAUUGUCAUAAUUUAAAUCAAAAAAGUAUCAGUAGUGAUGAUUCAUAUAAUAAAAAAUGUAAUAAUAAUAUAUAUAUUAAAAAGGAAAUGGAUAACACUAAUGAUUAUUAUAACAAUGAUAAUAACAAGAGUAACUACAACGAAGAAAAUAUCUUAAAAAUAGAAGACAAAAAUAAUACAGAAAUAUAUUAUAAUAAUCAAAUCCCAAAUGAAAAAAAUUAUUUAACAAAUAUGGAAUUUCAAAAGAAUAGUAACAAUAAUAAUAAUAAUAAUUCAAAUUUUGAAAAUUCAUAUAACUUUUAUAAAAAUGAAAUAAGCUCUGAAGAUAAAAAUAUGAACCAAGAGAAUGUAAAUCAUAAUAUAUAUGAAAAUAAAACCAAUGAAUAUAAUUAUCCUACUUUUGAAGAAAAAGAGAAAAAACAACAACGAAUAUUAAAAAAUGAUAUCUAUUCUACAUAUGAAAAAGAAGAUUAUUAUUAUGAUUCCAUAAGUACAAAAGACAAAGGAAAUAUUACACAUUCAUAUAAUUCUGAUUAUACUGAAAUCAAAAAUAUAAACAUAAAUGACAAAAAAAUAUAUAAUGAGAAUAAAAUUCCUGAUAUACAAAUAAAUAAUAAUAUAAACUCAUCAGAAUAUAUAUUAGAAUAUGAUAUGGUAAAACAAGAAAAACAAGAAAAACAAGAAUACUAUGAAUAUGAAAUGAAAAAUAUUGCAGAUAAUUCAGAUAUAUAUGAAUUUAAAAUUAAAAAUAACGAAAAUAAAAAAAUGUAUGAAUGUGAAACAGAAAACAUUCAUAAUAAUUUAGAUACUUAUGAAAAUAAAUUAGAAAAUGAUAAAAAUAAUACUGUAUAUGAAUACAAAUUAGAAAAUGAUACAAAUGAAAAUAUGAAUGAAAAUAAAUCAAAAAAAAGUGAAAAAGAGAACGUGUAUGAAUACAAAUUAGAAAAUGAUGAAAAUAAUAUGUAUGAAUAUAAAUUAAAAAAUGAUGAAAAUAAUAUCUAUGAAUAUAAAUUAGAAAAUGAUAAAAAUAAUACUGUAUAUGAAUACAAAUUAGAAAAUGAUCAAGAUGAAAAUAUAUAUGAAUACAAAUUAGAAAAUGAUAAAUAUAAUACUGUGUAUGAAUACAAAUUAGGAAAUAAUGAAAAUGAUAAUGUGUGUGAAUACAAGUUAAAAAGUGAUGAAGAUGAGAAUAUAUAUAAAUGUAAAUUGAAAAAUGGUGAUAAUGGAAUUCUGAAUGAAUAUACUACUAAAAAUAUUCAAAAUAAGUUAAACAAUUCACCAGUUUAUGAACAUAAAAUGAAAACUAAAGAGGUGGAGCAAGAUAAUUUAAAUUAUGAUAGUAUUGAUUAUUCUAUUGAUGAUUUAAAAGAAAAUAUAAGAGGUAGUUGUAUUAAAAGUAUUCCUAUAGAUAUCAAUAUGUAUAUCAAUAGAGAAAAAUUGAAAAGUGGUUAUGAUUAUGAUCAAAUACAUGUAAUAAAUUUAACAAAUAGCGAAAAGAUCAAAAAUAAUGUAUUUCAUAAAAUGAAGGAUGAAAGUAAAUUAAAUAAUUAUUUAUGUCUUACUGACAAUGAUCAAGAGAAUGAUUAUGAAAAUUUAUUUAAUAAUAGUUUAAAUAUAAAAGAGAGCAUCAGUACUACUAAGAAUAGUAAUUAUGAUAAUGAGGAUAUUGACUUUAGUAAUAUUGAUGAAAACCAGAAAGAUUUAUAUUUUAAAUCUAAUUUGUUUGAUAAAUUGAAAAUAUGUGGUCAGUUCAACAGAGGUUUUGUUAUUUCUAAGAUUAAUCUACUGUAUUUUAAAAAUCAAGAAGAAAAAAAUAAUUCUUCUGAUAAUAAUAAUAAUUGUAGUAAUAAUAAUUGUAGUAAUAAUAAUUGUAAUAAUAAGAAUGAUUAUGCUUUGUUUAUAAUAGAUCAACAUGCAGCUGAUGAAAAAUCUAAUUUUGAAAAAUAUAAUAAAACUUUCACUAUGAAAUCUCAAAAAUUAAUAAGCAAAAUUAAUUUACAAUUAAGUCCAGCACAAAUACAUCUUAUUCAAAAAUAUUUUCAAAUUUUUUUAGAAAAUGGUUUUGAAGUAGAAAUAGUAGAAGAACCGAUACAAAAAAAAAGAAAAUUAAAUAAUAUAAAUGAAGAAGAAGAAAUAUUAAUGGAAGUAAAAGUAUACUUAUUAUCAUUACCAGUAUUUAAUGGGAAAAUACUAGAAAUUGUAGAUUUUAUGUCUCUUUUACACCAUCUAACAGAGCAUCCAUUAACAUUCGAUAAAAAAAGUUUUGAAAUUUUUAAAGAAAACAAAAAUCAUUCAAAUCAAAAAGUAGACACUUGGUUUAAUUACAACUUUCCAAGACCACAAAAAGUUUGGAGAAUUUUAGCAUCAAAAGCUUGCAGAAAUGCAAUAAUGGUUGGAAAUACAUUAAAUAUUUCUGAAAUGAUAAAGAUAAAAAAAAAGUUAAGUGUAUUAAAAAAUCCAUGGAAUUGCCCUCAUGGAAGACCAACUAUUAAAUAUAUUAUAAAUAGUGUUGAUAUAAAAAAUUGCUUUAAAAAUUACUACUUAAAAUUAUACGAUGAAAUUUCAAACUUAAUUUUAACAAAAAACUAUGAAACAUAUAAAUAUCUAUUCCAUAAUCAUAUAUUCUUUUUAAUUAUGUCAACUAAACCAUUACUUGGACCUAUUUUAAAAUUUCAUUAA